CUCGGCUGACUCGAUCUUUUAUUUGCAAGCGCCCUCUUUCUAGUCAGGAAAUAGCUAAGAACACUUAGAAAAGACCAACUUUGCAAAAUGGCCACCAUGCUUACCCAGCGCCAGGCUGCUGCGUUCAGCGGCGCCCGUGUCGCGCCUAAGGCGCCGGUGCUGGCCGCUGCCCGCUCGCGCCAGUCCGUGCAAACCAAGGCGCUAUUCGGGUUCGGUGGCGCCAAGGCCGCGGCCAGCCCCGCCACUACCACGCAGUUCAUGAUUUGCAUCGACUGCGGCUACAUCUACGAUGGCGCCCAGGACUUCAAGUCGCUGCCCGGCUCCUACAAGUGCCCCGUCUGCGCCUCGCCCAAGAACAGGUUCAAGGCGUACAAGGGCACCGACGUGAAGGGCAAGCCCAACAACGCGCCUGCUACCAUGAAGAAGCGCAAAGACGCCAAGCAGUGGUGAGCGGCGAGGGCCGCGGUGCGCGACAGUAGUACGGCGGCGGCAGUAGCACAGCUAGAUCUCUUGUUGGAGGGGAGGAUGGGGCGCGUCUCCGGGAUGCAUGAGUUGAUGGACGCUUAGCACUCAGCAGACGGGAGGCACCCCGGCUGGGCUGGGUUGGAAUGGGUAGUGGCGGUUGCCAGAUGUGGCAGCUGGUGGCAUCGCUGAGCUUAUCGGGGGCUUGGGAGGUGUGAGCUGGAGGGUGCUGCGCUAGGAACAGGAGGGAGAGGUGGAGGAGGAGAGACAGGGAGGAGUUGUAUUUUUUGUGUGCGUGAUGUACGGUAAACGGAGGAGCUGUUGUACUUAAAGCUGCGUGCGAGUUACCGGUCCUGCUGUAGUGGAAGUGAAUAGCGGGGCAAGGGACCAGUGGAUAAGAGCGUACCAUGUACUAUGAGCCUUAUGUAUAAUGAGCUUGUGUGCCUCCAUUUGCCAUUGCGUUUGGCCCAUGAGUGGACGUCAUCCAGAGGAGUUUCACCCUCAGACCGUCCUGCCAGCACACGUAUGGGGAAUUAAAUAAACUGAGCCGCGGAAACACUGACCCUGACCGUAGGUUACCGGAAAUUGCUUGAUGGUGUCCCAGACACGUAUGGGGAACUUAUAGCAGGCAAGAUUGGGAAGGGUGUUUCCUGGGAGCGCUUCCUGA